GACUCAAACAGGGACGCCUCAUCUGAGAUUCUCAAUACGCCACAAUCCAACAGAACAUAACACUGCACUCAGAAAGACUCAAAACAGGGACGCCUCAUCUGAGAUUCUCAAUACGCCACAAUCAACAGAACAUAACACUGCACUCAGAAAGAACACCUUACUCGUCUCUAAAGGCAGCAGUGGUGUUAUUAUUUCAAACACAUUGCAGCUGCCUGCUCAUGAAAACAUAGUCCUCAAGAUGCACCAAGAAUUUAAAAAUGUACUCAUCCCAACUCUUGAUAAGAGUAUACCAUCAGAAGUGGUCAGCACUAACACUACUGGCAAAAUCAAUAGUUUCAAUGAGCCCUGCUGUUCAAAAUCAGAUGAUGUAAUCAGUCAAAGAACAUUUGGAAACCAGACAGUUAAGUCGACUAUUAUUCUGGAUGCAACUACUGAGAGGCCUGUAUUAGCAAUACCUCUUUUAACUGUAUCUUGUUACUCUGUUAUUCCAAAGAGUGCUAUGAACUCUAAUCAGGCAGAUGAAAUAAAUAAUACUUAUAUAAGUUAUGUCACUGAAAAAGACCCUGAUUCGUGUACUCCAGAGAAUGUUCCAUUAACUCAAUCAAAUAUUUCACUUUCUAAUUCCCCUGAUUUAAAAAUGGAAGGUAACCAAAUUGUUGGGUUUCAGUCUAACAAAACAUAUAUGAUAGCACUGCCAGAUAAACGUAACGCUGACAUAGACUUGCCAGUAACGUUAUUUGAAAGCUCUGAUACACCUGAUAUUCAAACCAGAUGCAAUGGUCAAGAAGCAAAACUUUCUGUAGGCAAAGCAACAAGUGAGAGGGAGAGGGAAAUGUCUGAAAAUGACAGUCAGGAUACGUCUCAAGAUACACCAGAACUCAAAGUUGAUAUAGAGGUCAAAACAGAAGACACUGUUAGCACAGCCAAAACAGCAGAGUGUGAGGGGAUUGAAAAAGCACCUGACGAAACACGUCCUGUGUACGCCAUCUCCGCUUUUUGGAAUGAGAUGGAGAAGCUGACCAUUAAUGACAUUUUGCGACUACGUAUGGUCAGCAAUGCCCACCAGUCCAGUGUUCUCCCCCAGCCACCAGAGGCUGAGGCAGCCGACAGCUCUGAUGCCGCAGACUCAGGCUACUUCACUCACUUGGACGACUCCAAACCUCAUCGCUCCAGUGGCAACAUUUCCACCAUUUCUGAUUUUGACAAAGAAUUCUCACAAAAUCCAAAUGCUGAUAAUCCAAGCACUGAUCCAAUCACAAGAGAUGAAUCAUCCAACUCUAUUGGUAUCUUGUGGGAAAGCGAGCCAGACUCAGUUAGCGUUGGGGCUGGUAUAUACCCAGAAAAUGUUGCAAUGCUAAGUUCCGCAAGUUACAUCCCCCGACCAAUCUUUUCAGGCAGUGCCCCACAGUACUUAAGAAAAAUUUGCAAAAACGUCAGCGUCCAGAACCUACUUGCUCUGGAAGUUGAACCACUUUGCCAGGUGUUGAAAGGUCGGCCCUUACCAGCUGUCAUAUCAGGGGAAGGAGAACCAGAAAUGGAGUCCUGCAGUGAUGGACAUUUAGUGAGGCAGCACAGUGGCAUGAAUUCUUUACCUUCAGAAUCUUUUUCGGAGGAUGUGUCAACAGAAAGCAAUCAGAUCUCUUUCUCUGAGAUCAUCCAGUACGUCUUUGGAGGAAAUAAAUCUGAGGCAAGUCCAUCGGAAACAGACAACAUGGCCACCUACUAUGUCAACAGUGAUUCAGUCCCUGAUUAUGAGCAUUUCUACUCCGAGUUUGAUGCAGGAAGCUUCUUCUACCCUGUCAGGGAGGCAUCAAGCCACAACAAGGAUGAGCUGUUGCCCAUAUUUUCCUGCGGACAUUCGGCCAACAAGAAUCUUCAGUUCCCGGAGGCCUACGAUCAUUUAUUUUCCAGUGACUCGUCUGCAGACUCGGAGGAGGAAGAUAACCAAGACAGAAGUCCGAUCCGGGUGAUCACGCGGUUUAACCAUAAGCCAAAAGAGACCCAAGGUGUAAUAGUGGCUCCGGACAUAUAUGAGGACUUUUUCACAGACGAGGGUCUAAGUGAGAACUUCUUCUGGAAAAACUCUUUCUCCCUACGGAAGGUCCGCCUCACUGGCUCCACCAGCCAAAGUCAGAGAUCUGACUCCUGGUCUAUGGUUCCUGUGGAUGAGAUCAAGAGUUCAUUCCGCAGAAGCAUUAGACCCUUCCACACGCUGGGCAUCCAAGACAAGCCUUUUCCUGAUCAACUGCUGUACAACCUAGAGGGCAGGAUCUUCAGACAGCUGGCCGAACAGAAGAGGAGAUAUCCGGAUCUGCAGAUGGCUGUUUCUAAUCCCAGAUUAGAUGCCUCCCUUGUACCUCUCAGACAGUCAGACAUGUGUUUAGUCUGCAUCGCAUUUGCCUCCUGGGUGUUGAAGUCCGCUAACCCACAAGCUGGUGAUGCCUGGAAGGCUGUUCUCCUGGCCAACAUAAGUGCGCUGUCUGCCAUCCGAUACCUACGGAGAAGAGGCAGGGAAGAGGCAUCUGAAGAGAAGCCGUUACGUCAAACACCCUCCAUCUGAUACAGGGACAGUCACCAUGCACAGCUACGUCCUUCCUAACUUUACCCCUUUCUCCCAUGGAAACUGAAUUCAUCUUGGGUGCUUUGACGUUCAGUCCUAUCAGGGUUCAUUGGGACGUCCCUACCCUAACCCCUUAACCAUUUUACAUUUCAACUUCAAUGGGGUAGGGACGACCCAAGGAUACCGGAUAGCAUGGACCAUCCUUUGACUGCAUGUGAAAUCUGUGGUGUCCUCUUGUAAAAAUAUAGAUUUUUUUUUUUAAUUGAGGGAAAAAGCUAUGUUUUACUGUGCCUGAAAUGUUUGCACUAUAAGUUAUGAACAUCAAGUUAGCAAUAAAAAAAGAUGUCCAAUCCACUGAAAUGGUCAAGAUAGUGUGUAUGAUAAUAUUCCUGUAUGCCAUUUUUUAAGAAUGUGUUUGAGGUCCGUUAAUGUAAUUUGGAUGAAUAUAACCUAUAACAAGGGUUUAAAUGACAACAUCCUUGGGUAAGAGAUGUAUGAUAUUUAUGAGUGUACGAAAAGAGACAGAUAUAUUUAUAUUUUAUAAUGAAGGUACCAAAAUGUAGAGAAGAGACAUAAGAUGCCAGUGGAAAGUGCUCUAAGAGAUAUACACUAUCAAUGUGUUAGGAUGAGGACAUGAAUAUAGUGUGUAUGUUUUGGAAUUGAAUGACAAAUAUUAGAAAGUAAAGGUACAGAAUGGAUAUAAAAAUAUAGCUGUGUUUGAUUAUUCAAUCAACUUCAAAGUAUUUUACUAUGUGAAAUCAUCUCAUACCCCAGUACAAAACAAAGGUGUAUUAACUAUAUGGGGUGACAGGUAGCCUAGCAGUUAGAGCGCUGAGCCAGUAUCCAGAUUUAUUUAGGGCACUACAAAUAUGUGCCAUUGUUUUUUUGUUUAUACAUAAUUAAAGCUAAUUUAUUUGAUGGCCUCUAUCAGAUGACUUUCUGUCAUUGUAUGGUUUGUUCUGUGAACUGUGGAUGUAUUACGUUUCAAAUAUAUGGCAUUUCAGAGUUGAGAGCGGUUUCCUGUGUUCUGUCAGAUUUUAUACACUAGAGGGCGCUAUAGUACCUUGUAUUAACUACCUCCACAAUACUAUCAAUACUGCCAGAUUAUAAACCACUAUAAAGUAGUUUUUUGCUCUUAAAAAUUGCAAUCCCAAACAACACACAUAACACAUUUAACUCCUACUGGGCCAUUUGCAUCAGACAGGCACUCCAUUGACGUGGGGUUCCAAUACAAUUGUAGAGAUGACUGUCUUACACCAGCAGAGAGCGAGGUUGGGCCAUGAGAGAGAACGAGAGGAGCAUCACAGAUUCUGAUCCCGGGUGAAAUAACACCAGUCUACUGGCAUGUGCUCAUUUGACCAAAAUUCUAUAUUUUUUUCAAAAUAAAAAACAGUUGACUGACUCGUAAAAUGUGUUUGUUUUGACUGAAUAAUACACAUUUCUUAAAAUGACUGUACUGCAUUCCUCUCAGUACGUUUGAUAUUAUAUUGGAAGUUAAUCUUACCUAUACUAUCUUAUUUAUCAGCUUCUAUUAAUUCAAAGGAGCUUGUCUGUUGUACAGUAGGACUCUACUGUCCGGUAAUCUCGGUUAACUGAGAGCUAAAGUCUAGCAUAAUCGGUCAGUACUAUUUAUGUUUACAUGGUUUGUCCAGGAGAGAUGAACUGUCAGGUAACACGUCAUAAUGACCUCCACCCAUUAUAAAUGCAUAUUCAUGUU